AUGGAAACUAGAUUUACGGUGCAUCUGGUCUUGAAUCUUCUAAUUGGAACGAAGGCAAUUAAUUCAUGUGAGAAAUCUAUUCCUACUCUCGCCUACGUAAAAGAAUGUCCAAAAACGGAGGAAGAAUGGUUUGCUGCAGCUAAACGAAAACAAUGUGAUGUUGUAGAGCAGAGUUGUUCUACUGCAGACAAUUUUCAAUACCACUGCGUAAUCAACCCUUAUGCUAAUGCCACAGUCGAAGUAUGUGCUCCUGUCCGGAAUAUCAUCGGACACUGUGCAGAAUACAAUUACGGGAGAAAAAGCAUUCAAGAUCACCAAAACUUUAAAUAUCAAGAAUGUUAUGAUAUUGUGACGAAACAAAGUGAAGAGAUUUUUAAUUCAACGACAGAGAGUGCUGGACCCAUUCAAAGACAAGACGUUCAGAACAUCAGCGGAUACAACUAUGUUUUAGUUUUGACAAUAUUUAACACAGUUUUGAUAGUGAUAAUGACCUUGUUUAUGACUAUAGUCGGAAUAAGAAAGAUAAUGAAGUCUUUUACUGGGGUAUCUUCUACUGGCACGUAUAAUUUACUAGAAGAAAGUGACGCAGCUGAUCAUCCAAUGUCCAUCCUUCCGUCUAGCUUUUCGUCUGUCCGUCUGUAAACUUUUCAUAUUUUCAACUUCUUUGCAGGAACCACUGGGCUAAUUUGAACCAAAUUUUCUACAAAGCAUCCUUGGGUGAAGGGAUAUGUAAAACAUAAAAUGCAAAAAAAAAAUGAGUCUUCUUUCCUAGAGAAGAUAAUCAAGAAACGACAAAAAUUAAAAUGGGUUAUUUAAAAUUUUUCAUCUCAAGAACCACUGGACCAGAAAAGCUAAAACUUAGGUGAAAAUAUAUCUGAUGUAGUGUAGAUUUUACAUUGUUCAAAUUAUGACCCAGGGGAAAGGGUGGGGGCGCAAUAGGACAUUAUGAUUAUUUAUUUAUUUAUAUAUGAGGUCACCUGAGCUGAAAGCUCAAGUGCACUUUCCUAAUCAUAUUUUGUCCUUAGUCAGUCAGUCAAGCUGUCCGUACGUCUAAAAACUUUUCACAUUUUUUACUUCUCUUCCAAAAUCACUGAGCCAUUUUUGACCAAACUUUCCACUAAGCAUUGUAAUGUAAUUUUAAUUUAUAUAUAGCUUUAUUUGUACAGAUAAACAUGCAUCAUCUAUUGGUUAUUUUCAAUUUAAUCAAA